AAGAGAGAGGGAGAUAGAGGAGGGUGGGGGAGGCCUCGUCCGAGCCGAGGCGCUACAACGAGGAGGAGGAGGAGGGAGGAAGGUGUCGCCUGUCAGAAGGGGGAUCAAACUGUGCUGUCAUGGAUAAAUAUCGACCAAAGAGACCAACCAGCCUGGCUCUGUUCCCACAACUGCCACAAGCCGGCACCCAGGACUCCAUCAACAACAAUUCUUUAGGGAAGAAGGACAGCUGGAAGGACUCCCACUCUUCCUCCCCACACAUCACAGGGGAUCUAACACCUCCGGAUGUCCAACCAAAGGCAGAGGACAAAGUCCGGCAUGGUUCUCAGCGCCGGCCAGCACCAAAACCGCCCACAGCUGCCGGGUCUAAUAGCAGAGCCAGCGUUCAGGCUGCCGCAGACGCACGAGCUCGGCCACGAGAGCGGCCGACCUCCGGGGCCACACACACACAGUCGUCCAGCACACCAAGGAGUCAGCGGCGAGCAGGAGGAGGAGGAGGAGGACGAGGGGCAGGGAGAGGGGCCACAGCAAUGAGAGAGAGGAGCCUGGGGGAGCAGAGAGGGAAGGACGGAGUGACGGAUAGAAGAGGAGGUCGACUGUGUGAGGAGUCCAAGGCCAAGGACAAAGACAGGAAUGGACAUCAGAGGCAAAGAGAGACAAAUGGACUGAAAGCACGGGCAGCUGAUGGCAGAGGAAGAGGAGGCACGAAAGGGAGCAACAGAGGGGUGGGCGUCAAGCUAAACAACAAGCUUUCCAACCAGGAGGUUUACCUGCCUGCCAUGGUGGUCCCACGCACACCCGUGGCCCCGAGGAACCAGGACAAGACCCAGGACCAAGGCCAAAACCAUAACAGGACCCAGGACAAACCUCCUGCGCUCUCCCGGUCCAGCAGUGAGGGGGGGUCCAACAGGAUGUCCCUAAGCUCAGACACAGAGGGCCCCCCACCCGGACCACUGCAUCCCUCCUCGUCCCACAGAACCAACCCGGACAUCAGUGAAGAAGAUGGGGAAGGAGACCCGACUCCCUGCCUCCAGAAUGGUGUGAUCUGCAGCUUAGCAGGUGGAGACAAAACUAAAACAGACUGCACAGAGUCAGGGGCGGCAGACGCCGUGGAGGAGGUUUGUGAUGCUGUGGAGGAGAACGUGGCCCCUAAGACUCAACCAAAGAGCGAGGCUGCUGCAGGGCUGAACUAUGACUCCGUUAAAUACACUCUGGUGGUGGAUGAACACGCUAAGCUGGAGCUGGUGAAGCUCAAAGACUGCCUGCACGGGUACAACGAGCAUGACGACAGCGAUGCAGAGACCGUCUAUCAGUCAGCUAACGAGGAGGAAGACCCAGAGUACGAGGAGGAGAGGAAGAAGAGCGAGGAAGCAAGAAAGCAAGAGAGGAGGAAGGAGGAGGAGAAAAGAAAAAAGGAGGAAGAGGAGGCAAAGAGGAGGAGGGAGGAGGAUUUGAAGAGGAGGAGGGAGGAGGAAGUGAAGAGGAGAAGGGAAGUUGUGGCGAGGGUCUGUGUGCAGUCCAAGGUAACUUCAACCACGACUUCUGAGGAGGACGAGUCUAAUGGAGGAAGAGCUCCCAGAAGCAGGAAGUUCCUGAACCUGUUCACCAACAACAGCAGCCAGUACACCGCCACAGGUGCUGGCUCAUUUGGUGUGUUUUCAUGUGUUCUGGAUGGAGUGGAGAGGCAACAGAGCCACAGAGCUGUCUACAGGUUUGUCCCUCGUCAUGCAGAUGAGCUGCAGCUGGAGAGAGACGACCCGGUCCUGAUGCUGACCCAGUCUGAGGAUCUGUGGUGUCAGGGCUACAACAUGAGGACCGGAGCCACCGGCAUCUUCCCCGCCUUCUACGCUGUCCGGGUGCCCAGAGACAUAAACAACGUCCGGAGACCCGGCUGGACAGAACAGUUUGCCGUCCGGUUUCUGGGUUCAGUUCAGGUCCCAAUUCACACGGGUAACGAUGUACUGUGUGCAGCCAUGCAGAAGGUAGCGUGUAACAGGCGGUCAGCCGGUCAGCCUCCAUCAGCCUGUGUGCUGGAGGUCAGUGUGAAGGGGGUGAAGAUGAGCGUCCAGGAUCAGUGUCCCUCUGCCCACAGGGGAGACCAGUGUUUCCAUUUCUUCCAGUUGAAAAACAUCUCGUUCUGCGGCUGCCAUCCAAAACACAACAGGUAUUUCGGAUUCAUCACUAAACAUCCUGACCAGCAGCGUUUUGCCUGCCACGUGCUGAUGUCAGAGAUGACGUUACAUCCUUUGGCUGAGUCUGUUGGGAGGGCGUUCCAACAGUAUUACAAGGAGCACGUCGGAUACUCCUGUCCAACUGAAGACAUCUUCAUCGAAUAACCGCCCGCCCGUCCUCACGAUGAACAGUAGACUCACAAAGUGCAUGUAAGCCUAGUCUUACACCCCGACUGGACCACUGAUAUUUCUCCUCUGCAUGGUGGAUUUCUUCUUUUUGGCUGCAUCCAGUGAGACUGCGAGCUCCGCCAUCCUGAGGCAAUGUCACAAUAAACACGUGUGUGGACGGACAGGGUCACAUGACACGUUCCAUAUGACUUAAACACGCAAAUGACCACCAAAACAUCUCGUAUCAAUGCAGAAGUUAUUCACAUGUAACCAUAUCUAUAUAUUUUAUAUUUUCCUGCAAAGAGGAGCUUCAUGUUUACUCAGUAACUACAUGAACUGAGUCAGGACCUAAUCUUUGUCUCUCAUCCCAAACUUAAUUAAUGACCAAACAUAAUUAAUAAUGAUUUAAUCACCUUUAAAUCUAAUAGUAUCAAAGAUGAUUAAUAAUCGGCUGUUUCACUGGCAGAAAAGAAGUGAUGAUGUUUUAUUAUUUAAUCAUUUGAUUUUUCAGCCAUAUUAGCAGGUGUGUGAAGUUCUGGCGCCCAGCUGAGCUGUUAGAAAGUCGGACAAAUUAUCAGAAUUAUACCAACAAAAAGAUUUAAACUGGUUCCCAAAUAGGCCAAAGAUGCAGAAACUGGCCAAAAAGAUAAAUAAAAGGACAACAAAAUCAUUUAAUAAGAUAAAAACAGUAACACAAAAAAUGUAAAAAAAA